AUGGACAAGCAUCAGACUCCACCAGCCAACGGCCUCGGGCCGCGCCAUGACGCCUCAUCACGCAUACAAAAACAAGAGUCCCCUGCCGACAGGAUGGCUGCUCUCAAGGCACGUGUGGCUGCUGCCAUUGAUGGUAGCAAAGCCAAAGGAGGUCUCAAUGUAGGGCUCCAUCCGGCCCUGGAAGACUUGGGCCAGUGGAGGCCAUCCCCUUCUACUUCAGCCGACCAAAAACCAGGGGCUGGCCCGCCCUCACGGCUUCACUCAGAACAAGGGAAGCUCCCAGCCAACAAGAAAAACCCUACCCCAAGAAGUGCGCAAACUGGAGGCUCUGGGGUAAACCCCUACUUGCCUCCCGCCGAUUCGACCACCCCGGCCGGUAAGCAGAGGGUCCCCCGUCAGCUCCUCUUCAACCAAAAGGGAAAAUACAUACAGCAGGCGAAUGCCCUCCGAAGGCAAGCCGCCCUCGAAGCAAUGAAAAAGAGAAUCGCAGAGCAGACAAGGAAGGCAGGCAUAGACGAGGAUCUCGGCGAGAAGAAUUUUGUGGUAGAAGCGCCCCCAGAAAUCGAAUGGUGGGACGAGGCGCUGGUUCCCUCGUAUGACGCCCUAGACGACCCCUUCUCCAUCAAACUCGGCAGCGAGGACAGCAUUGUGACAAACUUGAUUCAGCAUCCUGUGGCGCUGGAACCCCCCCAGGAGAAAAACACACCGGCACCGAAGCCCAUGUACCUCACGUCCAAGGAACAAGCCAAACUCCGGAGGCAGCGCAGGAUGGCGGAGCUCAAGGAAGAGCAGGCAAAGAUCAGACUGGGUCUCGUCCCCGCCCCUCCCCCAAAGGUCAAGAAGGGCAAUCUCAUGCGUGUUUUGGGCGAGGAGGCUGUCAAGGAUCCAACCGCCGUCGAGGCCAUGGUGAACCAGCAGAUUGCCGAGAGACACCAAAAGCACCUGCAGACCAACGAGGAGCGAAAGUUAACCAAGGAACAACAACACGAGAAACUUGCAUCAAACCAAGAACAGGAUGCAGCCAAAGGCCUCCACGUUCUGGUCUUCAAGGUUGGGAGCUUGGCCAACGGCCAACAUCGCUUCAAGAUCCACAAGAAUGCCGAGCAGUUGGCCCUCACGGGAGUCUGCAUCAUGCACCCAAAAUUCAACCUGGUCGUGGUAGAGGGCGGCCAGUGGAGCAUCAACAAAUAUAAGAAGCUCAUGUGCAACCGUAUUGACUGGACCGAGAACGCCCCAUCUCGGGAUGUCCAGCCAGCACAACAGAAGCAGUGGCUCGUGGCCGAAGAUGAGAGUGGCGCUCUCAGGGAUAUGACCCUCAAUUAUUGCAAACUUGUCUUUGAAGGCGAGGUCAAAACAAGGGCUUUCAAGCGCUGGACUUCAAAGGUGGCUGAGACGGAUGGCGAAGCGCGUGAUAUUCUUGCCCGGUCGAAGAUGGAGAACUUCUGGUCACAGGCAAGAAGUAUGGCCUGA